AUGCCCGGAAUACUCCCCAUGAAAGUGAUCAAGGUCGGCUCCAGCUGCCAGAGCCGCAUCGCCCAAGCCUGCGACCGAUGUCGCUCCAAGAAGAUACGAUGCGACGGCAUCCGCCCCAGCUGCACGCAAUGCACCAAUGUCGGAUUCGAGUGCAAGACGAGCGACAAGCUCAGUCGACGCGCAUUCCCCAGAGGAUACACGGAAUCGCUAGAAGAACGCGUACGCAUACUCGAGGCAGAGGUUCGCGACCUGAAGGAUCUCCUUGACGAGAAAGACGAAAAGAUUGACAUGCUAUCACGCAUGCAUGCGCGUUCCCCGGCAGCGUUUUCGACCGCUAGACGACCAUCCAUACACUCUCCGGGUUCUUCUGACGUGCGAGAAGAAUCACAAGAGAAGGAAGAGACGUUCAAGGUGCAGCAGGCACCGCUUCUGCUCGACGACCUGAACAAAGAUUCGUAUUUCGUGGGCAGCUCGAGUGGACGAACCCUUGUUGAGGCGUUCAAGCAGAAAGCCCAAGAGACAGGCAGACUGUCCACCGACAUAAACUCGAGCGCCUUCUUCGGCGCUGGAGCAAGACCGACUGCGACUCACCCCAAGCGCAUCGUUUCAUUCAAAGCCCCUCCUCGUCUGGUCUCAGAUCAGAUGAUCAACAUCUUCUUCCAAGAAUGGGCUCCUCUAUUCCCGAUUCUCCAUCGCCCGACCUUCUUGUCACUCUACGAGCAGUACGUAGCUAGCCCGGACACCAUGAGCGACAAGAAGUCGAUUGCACAACUCAACUUGGUCUUUGGCAUUGCCGCGCUGUCAAGCGACCCACGCGACGGUCAAGAUGUAGAGUCUUUCGAGGCCCAGUGGCAGAGCGCUGUCGAGAGCUUCUUGAUGGACAAUGACGUCGCAACGCUGCAGUGCCUUGUCCUUGCCCAGAUCUUCUGCCUGCUGAGGGCUGAUUACUCGCGGGUGCUCAAGUACAAGGGCUUGGCUGUCGGCCUGUCGCAACGUCUUGGCUUGCAUCAAUCCCAGAAGCGCUUCGCACUCGAUGCACUGACGAGCGAAACGCGCAAGAAGCUGUUCUGGUCGCUGUACACAGUCGACUGUCUCUCCGCUGCACACCUCGGACUACCGAAGCUGAUCCGAGAGGAAGAUGUGCACUGCGAGUAUCCGGUAGAUGCCGAUGACGAAUACGUCACCGAGAAGGGGUUCCUGCCGACCCUGCCCGGCGAGUACACCAAACUUUCCAGCGCACUGGCUCUGUUCCGCCUGUCGCGCAUCCUGUCCAAGGUGCUGACGGAGCUCUACCCCGGAUCGGCAUCACAUGACAUUUCGUUCCGCACUAUUGCGUCGCUCUCCGACGAGCUGGAAGACUGGCAGGCUAACCUUGCGCCUCACCUCAAGCUGACGUUUGCGCAAGACAAGCCAAGCACCAACGUCACCAGCAGCAGAUCCCCUGUUUUGUCUCUCGUCUACCACCACAUUAGGGCGCUUGUAUACCGCCCAGCCGUUGUUGCUAAUCUUGGCGACAAGGGCUCGUCGGCCGUUGUAGCCGUUGGCGAUGCCUGCAAGCACAUUGUGCAAAUUGUCGAACUCCUAGACGAGCGCAAGCUAAGCUUCUCGUUCUGCCUCAAUCGCAAUGAAGUUCUCGUCCAAGCCGGCUUCGGCCUGCUCUUCCAGACCUUGACGCUAGCUCGCGAGGGCAAGUUGAUCAAAGACAGCAACCGCCUGGUAUGUUCUGUAAUGGACAUGCUUGAGCGUGGAAAUGCUGCUGGCUAUGCCGAGUUCCGUCGCGUGGGCUGCGGUAUCGUGGCGGUUCCUCAGGUGGAGCAAAUGCCAGCCCCGCCUCUGUCACGGCACAACUCAGAGGGCCACAUGGGAGCGCCUCUGGAUACCUUCCGUGCUACUCAAAAGUCGCUCAAGGCACUUGCAGCUCGCUUCUCACCAAGCAUGAUGAAAAAUGCCCGACAAGACCAAGAGCCUCGUCGCGCGACUUUGCCUGCCCUCUCGCCCAGCGUGGGUGCGCAUGCUAACCCUUCGCUGACAAGCUUGUCGUCCAUUCGAUCAGAACCUCCUGUCGCUCGUUCAGAACCAACAUUGAGCCCACUGUCACAUCGCGCAUCCUUCUCGAUGCCAAACAAGCGUCGCCCAAGUCAGCCAACACCCCAGCACCAGCAACAACAACAACAGCAGCAGCAGCAACGCAACAUCGACUACCUCUCCUUCGCCAACGACCCACUCGCCAGCUACACCCUCCAAAACAACCAAGGCAUCAAAACCGAAGUCUCAACCUCCGACUGGGAGCGUCUCCUCUCCUCCCUAGACAACGGCCAAACAAACAUCUACGACACAAUCUACGGCGGCCCUCCAGCCGACGCCCUCGUCGACGUAGCACCUCAAUCAGCCAACACAGACAACGGCAACGUGACAUGGUCGCCAAAUGUCUGGAACUGGAGCGCCUAUAGCUCCGAAGCCCCACCACCUCAAAGCGUACUCAGCUUCAGCGAUGAGAGUCUGACUAGUGGUGAGGAAUUCAGCACUGGCGCUUGUGAUUACGGGUCUACGCCUGGUAGCGAUAGAUUGUAUCCUGGUAUUAUGAUUCCGGGUGACUAUGAUAGCACGACGGGUUUGACGGGCUUGGAUGCUACUUAUUGUGGGUUGUAA